AUGUCGACCAAGCACCAGGAUGAUCUGGAGCCGCGUGCUUCUUCCUCAAGCGACGCCUCGCCCUUCAAAGACCCUGAUGUUCCUGCUGACCGAACCACAUCAGUGCACAGUAACAAGCAUAAGGUGAGCGCUGUUCGCGAUGCCGAUGCGUCGAGCGCACAUGAAGGUCAGCAGCCAGGCGUGAGCCGUAUCGAAGCGCUUUAUCGGGUCUUUCCACGAAACCACCCGGUGGUCUGGUUGGUCUACGCCAGUCUGGCCGCGGUGGCCAUCUGCUUCUCUCUGGAUCAGUCUACUACGGCUGCCUAUCAGUUGUACGCAACCAGAACGCUCGGAAAUCACGCCAAGCUGUUUGGUGUCAUUGCUACAGUCGAGGCCAUCAUCAACGCGGUCUCCAAGCCGUUCCUGGCCAAGAUUUGCGACGUUUUUUCGCGACAGACUGCUUACCUGUUGGUGGCCGUCUUUUACACGGUCGGCUUUGUUGUGGUGGCAUCGGCCCAGACACCUGGCGCUUUUGCCGUUGGAAGGAUCAUCACCGAAGUUGGCCAAGCGGGUUUCGAUCUGGUGACCGACAUUGUCGUUGCGGAUUUGAGCCCACUUGAAUGGCGAGGUGUUGCCACAGCCUUGACUUCGUCGCCUUACAUCCUGCUACCCUGGGUGGGCAACUUGAUCCAAGCACGUCUCAACACACCUGAUCGUCCCGAAGGCUGGCGAUGGGGCUACGGCAUGUUUGCGAUCAUGGCACCCGUCUGCGUUGCUCCUAUCAUCCUUGUUCUCAUGUACGUGGAUCGCAGGGCACGACAGGCAGGAGAACUCUCGUUUGCUUCAAGUCGACUCGAGACGCGGCGUGCGCAGGAACACGGCACACUCGAGGUGCGCCGAGACACGCUCAAGCAGCGAUACGCCAACUUGGUCCAGCUUUGCAAGGAGAUGGACUUGGUCGGCCUUUUCCUUCUGGCACUGUCGUUCGCUUUGAUCCUUGUCCCAUUCAGCAUCUACAAGGAUGCCGAUAAGCAGUGGCGCAACCCAUCGAUCAUCGCCAUGUUUGUCUGCGGCGGUGUCAUCCUUGGCAUGUUCAUUGCCUGGGAGAUGCUCUACUCGUCGCACCCGGUGAUGAACAAGCGAGUGUGGUACAACCGGACCUUCCUGCUUGCUGUUACCAUCGACAUCUUUUACUUCAUGGGCGGCAACAUUCGAUCGACCUACUACGGCAGCUUUGUGCUGGUCGGAACCAAUCUUUCCACUAGCAAUUGGGGCUACGUCGUCAAUGCACUUUCCACGAGUGCGCUGUCGCUCUUCGGUCUCCUGGCUGGUCUGUACCUUCGCUUUUUCCAUCGGUACAAGUUCCUCCAAAUUGGCGGCCUGAUGAUCCGAAUCGUCGCCAUGGGCUUGUACCUGUACGGAAGAAAUGGCAACCUGACCACCAUGGUGGUGGCCUGGUCCCAGGUUCUCAACUCGCUCGGCGGUGCUUGUUCGGUGGUGGGCACCCGUGUUGCCUCGCAAGCCUCGGUCCCGCAUCAGGAUCUCGCCUCGAUCAUUGCACAGCUGGGCAUGUGGACACGUCUUGGAGGCGCCAUCGGCUCCGCCAUUGCGGCGGGCAUCUGGACAGGCACGCUGCCGAACCACCUCGCCGAGACUACUUUGACGGCUGCUCAGCAGGCCAAAAUCUACGCAAGCCCGACUUCGGUCAAGACGGCGUACCCUUGGAACUCGGCUCUGCGCAACCAGAUCAAUGCUGCCUUCAGCAAGACAAUGACGCCCAUCUUUAUCACGUCGCUUGUGCUCGCGUUCAUUCCGCUGGCGGCAGGUCUGGUGAUGCCCAACUACUACCUGGGCAAGACGCAGAACGCAGUGGAUGGUACCGACAAUUCCGGUCAAGUCAUCGAGUCGCCCGAGAACAACCCCAACGCCAAGAUUAACAAACAGAAGAGCAUCUUUGCUCGCUUUAGGGGCAGCAAGUGA